AUGCUUGUUCCGCACAACACACCUUUCAAAAUCGUUAAGCGCGGCCGAAGCCGUUUAAAAAAUCCUUUCUUUGCUUUAGCUAUUGCUGCUAUUGCAAUUGCGGCGGCUGCGGCGGUUAUAUUACGCACUUUCACUUUCGAAGCUUCGCUUUUUUUUUUAAACUUUCUUAUUAAGCGCUUGCUUAUAUUAACGACCGUCAAAGCUUUAAAGUGCAUCAAAUGCAUUAAUAAUAAGAUCACAUCGAAGUCUAAUAAAGACUGCUACAAUUGCGAUACGAGCGUUAUUCGUUAUCUUCGGUAUGCUAAAGGUAAUUAUAACAACUGCACCGCUGCUUUUGCUAUUAUUAAUACCGCUUUCGAUAACUUCCUCGCUUUAGAUGCUGCUCUUUUAAGAGGUGCUGCUAAUAGUCCGAGCGGUUUAACGAAUAAAAGUAAAGGUUUUAAAAGUAGUCCCGGUGGCCUUGCAGGUUUUGCUUUUGCUUUUAAGACUUUUAAUUUGAAUAUAGCCUUUAUUAAAUUGAAUAGUCUUGUAGCAGCGAACCGUAAUCCGGUGACUCGAAGCGCUUCGAGCAUAUCACUUUUUCCUUUUGCGCUUGCCGUUCUUAUUGCUUUCGUCGCUUUCGCUGCUCUCGUCGCUCUCGCAGCUCUCGUCGCUCCCGUCGCAUUUAUUGUCGUCGCUCCUUUUACGCUAAUCGUUGCGCUUGCCGCUUUCGCAGCGGCGCCCGCCGUUAUUAUAACUCUUACAAAGCGCCGAGCUAAAAUGAAGAGAUUGCUAAGAGCUUUAAUAGAUUUUUUAUUAUAA